GAAUUCGUUCAUUUUAAAUAUCAUCUGAACGUGAAUUUUUUGACAUUUGUAUUUUUUAUGGAAAAUUUUGCAAACACGUUCAUUUCGUCUCUCUAUCCAAUAAAUUCUCAGCAGUCAACAUUAAAUUGCUGUAAACCAUAAAAGUUGUCGAAUAAAAAGAACUGCGUUGUUAAUAAGUUUCCUCGAAGAAAAACCAACUUUAAAAAAGAACAGCAAUAAAAAAUGUUUUCCUUGGCUCGAAAACAAAUCCUCGGCAGCGCAGUCCGCGUCGGCCUUCGUUCAAUCACAACUUCAAGUCUUCGUAAAGAAAUCUUCAACGUCCAAAGUCAACAGGAAUUCGAGGAUAAAGUGAAGAACAGCAAACAACCCGUGAUUGUGGAUUUCUUUGCAACAUGGUGUAAUCCCUGCAAAAUGCUAACACCCCGCAUUGAGACUAUUAUUGGUGAGAAAGCAGGAGCCAUUGCUCUGGCCAAAGUCGAUAUCGACGAACACAGUGAAUUGGCUCUCGACUACGAGGUGGCUUCUGUCCCUGUCCUGAUGGUUAUCAAAGAUGGCAAAGUGCUGAAGAAGCUGGUGGGUCUUCAGGACACCGACAAAUUGCGCGAUUGGGUCGAUAAGGCGGUAGAAGAUUCCAAAUAAGGAGCGAAAGUGUGCAUAGCACCAAAGAAAGAAAUUUUAAGUGAUACACAAAAAUAUGCUUUACAUAAAACUUUGAUUAAAUAAGGAAGUUACUUUA